UGCCGGUGACCUGAUUCGAGAGUAGAGUCCACGUGUUCUCUCUUUCAGAAACAUGGCAGCGUCGAGGUGUAUCUUGGCCGCUCUCCUCCUAAUUUUCGUCAACACUUGCUCAGGCGAGACUUGCGAGAAGCCAGAGGUGACCCACAAGCUGUACACCACCACUGAUGGGCUCAUCGUCGCCAACAUUGCGUUCAUCGCAGAAUUCGACGUCAAGUGCCGCAACGGUGCUAAGGAUCUGGCACUGUAUGCCGACGUGAAUGGCAAGGUGUUGCCCGCCGUCCGGAGUUUGGACACCUCCGGCUACCAGGUGAGCUGGACGGAGGAACUCAGCAAGGCCGCCUCCGGCGAGUACGUCAUCAGGAUCUACGACGACGAGGGGUACACCGCUCUUCGCAAGGCCCAGCGUACUGGUGAAGAUGCCAAGAGUGUCACUCCCCUCUUCACACUUAAUGUUCACCACCCGGGAACCUACCACGGUGCUUGGGUGCAGAGCGAGUUUGUGGCCGUCCUGGUUGCAGUGCUACUCUGGUAUUUUGCCUACAGUUCUAAGAUGAAGCUCCAAGCUUAGAACUAUGUCAGCCAUUCCAACAACUGCUGCAACAAACUUUAUGGCAUGUUCUUGUUUCUUUUCUUCUUUUUUUUUUUUUAAAUAAAACACCGUUCUCUUCGGUACAGUAA